CGAGGCCGGCCGCGGCGCGGGUCCAUGCGCGGGCAGCGGAGAGGAGCGCCCCGCGGAGCGCCGCCGCGCCUCGCCGCCCCCGCCCCGCGGAGCCCCGCGGCGGGCCGGGGGCCGCCGGCCGGGGAGCUGCCGUGUCGCCGUGACGGCUCUUACAGGACCGGACUCGCCCGCUCUCCUGUCGCCGCCGCCGCGCCCCCCCGGGCGGCGGGGGCUUCGAGGCUCGCCGUGCCGCCCGGGCUCUAGUCGAACGUCGCCCGCCGCGGCGCGGCUCGCCGGCCGGCAGCCCUGACCCCCGGAGCCGCGGGGCUGCUCCGCGUCCGCGGAGGGGGCGCUGCGCGGACCCUCCUACACGUACCGACACCUACAGACACACGCACACCUUCUCCUAUCGACCCCCCAGGCGCGCACGUAGACUUUGGCGUCCUUUUGCCGAUGAACUGCAUGAAGGACCCGUUAAGCCUGGAGCGCCUGGGAGCCGGGAAUAAGCUGUGCUCCUCCUCACCUUCCUCCUCCUCCUCCUCUUCAUCAUCCUGCCAUCACCACCAGCCCGCGCUGGCCAUGGCGACGGCGCUGGCGCCGGGGCAGGCGCGCUCCUCCCUGGAGUCCGCCAAGCACCGGCUGGAGGUGCACACCAUCUCCGACACCUCCAGCCCCGAGGCCGCAGAGAAGGAUAAGAGCCAACAGAGCAAGAAUGAGGAUGCGGGGCCCGAGGACCCCUCCAAGAAGAAGAGGCAGCGGCGGCAGCGGACUCACUUCACCAGCCAGCAGUUGCAGGAGCUGGAGGCCACCUUCCAGCGGAAUCGCUACCCGGACAUGUCCACCCGGGAGGAGAUCGCCGUCUGGACCAACCUCACCGAGGCCAGGGUUAGGGUUUGGUUCAAGAACCGCAGAGCCAAAUGGAGAAAGAGAGAAAGGAACCAGCAAGCCGAGCUUUGCAAAAACGGCUUCGGUCCGCAGUUUAACGGCCUCAUGCAGCCCUACGAUGACAUGUACCCCGGCUACUCGUACAACAACUGGGCAGCCAAGGGCCUGACCUCCGCUUCCCUCUCCACCAAAAGCUUUCCUUUUUUCAACUCCAUGAAUGUCAACCCUCUGUCUUCUCAGAGCAUGUUCUCCCCUCCAAACUCCAUAUCCUCCAUGAGUAUGUCUUCAAGCAUGGUACCUUCUGCAGUCACCGGGGUGCCCGGCUCCAGCCUCAACAGCCUGAAUAACUUGAACAACUUGAGCAAUCCCUCCCUGAAUUCUGCAGUGCCAACGCCAGCCUGUCCUUAUGCUCCUCCAACACCUCCGUAUGUUUAUAGGGACACAUGUAACUCGAGCUUGGCGAGUCUGAGACUUAAAGCCAAGCAGCACUCCAGUUUUGGCUAUGCCAGUGUGCAGAACCCCGCUUCCAACCUGAGCGCUUGCCAGUACGCGGUGGACAGACCCGUGUGAAACAUCCAAGUAGAAAACUGCGUGGGAAUCCCUCCCCAUUUCCCGCAGAGACUGAGAAUUUCACUAGAAAGUAAUGGGCACUAGAGAGAAAGAGAAAGGAGGAAAAAUCAGAGGAAGAUAGAGAGAGAGAAAGAGAGGAGAGAAAGAAAAAAAAAAAAAGAGGAAACCACUGAAAUAAGAUAGUUCCUUUGUUUUCAAAGGACCUCCUACAAAUUCUGAGAUCUUUCUUUCACUAAGAGUAUUUCAACAGUUACAAGGACAUAUAUAUAUAUAUAUAUAUAUGGACAAAUGUUUGACUGGAUAUGAUAUGACAUUUUAAUGUUACUAUAAGCUUGUUAUUUUUUAAGUUUAGCAUUGUUAACAUAAAAAAUGACUGAAAGGAUGUAUAUAUAUCGAAAUGUCAAAUUAAUUUUAUAAAAGCAGUUGUUAGUAAUAUCACAACAGUGUUUUUAAAAGGUUAGGCUUUAAAAUAAAGCAUGUUACACAGAAGCGAUUAGGACUUUUUCGCUUGCGAGCAAGGGAAUGUAUAUACUAAAUGCGACACUGUAUGUUUCUAACAUAUAAUUAUUAAAAAAAUUGUGUGAAUAUCAGUUUUAGAAUAGUACCUCUGGUGGAUGCAAUGAUGUUUCUGAUAUUGCAAUGUAAAACAUGCCCUGUGUAUAACAUUUCGUACAAUAUUAUUGUUUUACUUUUCAGCAAACAUGAAAAAAAUGUGUUUUAUUUCAUGGGAGUAAAAUAUACAGCAU